CAAUACGACAAGGUGCAUCGCACUAUCCACUUGGGCAAGAUGGAUUUAAAGACGCUCGACGGUAAUAAAUUGAUCGAGAAGAUCAAAGCCCAGCAAGAAAUGCUCAAAAGCGCGAGCGAACGUCAGGGCCAGCGUCCACAGGAUCGAAAGUCCAAAGACGAGAUGGUGCACUCAUUCAUGAUCAGUUCAAUGAUGAGUCAAAUUCAAAUGGCAAGCCAGCGAAAUGUCAUUCAUCAGUCAUUCAUUCCACCCGCAUACCGGCCAUCUAUCUCACCAUUAGCUGAGCUGAGACCCAUUUUCAUCCGAGAUCUACAACUGGAGAUUCACCAUCGGGGCACCUACCUUCUACUGAAGGCUAUCACGCCGGCCAGCCGGAUGAAUGCAGUCCUUGUCAUAGCUGAAGAUGAACGUGACGAAGCUAUCAUGGUUGAGAUCUAUCAUCAGGAAACAGAAGAUGUUCGCGAAGCCACAUCUCUGAUUGGCAAUGACGCAGUGCUACUAAUCAAAGAGCCCUACUUCAAAGUUAUGGCGUCUGGCGAAUACGGUUUACGCAUUGAUCAUUUGUCCGACAUUAUAUUCGUCGACCAGACGAAUUCUAUGAUACCCACUGCCUGGAGAACAGGAGGAAACAUUCUGGAGACGUCGGCAGAAUCGCUUAAAUUGAGUGGACAUAAGGCAGUGCGGCGCGGUAAAUACUGGGAAUCGAUCACGAUGUACACGAGAGCCAUUGCCCAUGAGCGAGCUACUGGCGAAGAAAUUGAGGUCAUCUUGCGAAACCGCGCCUUCGCAUUUCUCAAGACCCAGCAAUAUGACGCCGUGCUCACUGAUCUUGGUUAUCAUCCUGGCUGCAAUCUGAAAUUCUCGGAAAAGGCUCUUUAUCGGACUGCAGAGGCUCUUUACUCCCUUGGCCGUUUUAGCGAGUGUCUUGAAGUCACACGGAGGCUUCACAUCGAAUUCCCCAACAAUCAACAGGCGAUUGUCAUGCUGGACCGUGUCCAAAAUCGGUGCUCUGAGCAACAAGCUGGUACUUACAAGUUCAAACAACUUCAGCUUGAUGCCAAAAGAUUGAGUAUCCCACAGUUGGACUACGCUACAUAUGUUGGACCUCUCGAAGUGAGGAACAGCGAAGGCAAGGGUCGUGGUCUGUUCGUGACCAAAGCUGUGAAAGCAGGCGACUUGCUGAUAUGUGAGAAGGCCUUCGGUUACGCCCACGUGGCAGAGAAUAGUGAAGAAAGCUCCUCUUGUACCCUUCUGGUGAACACAGAGACAGAGCGAUGGUUCAUGGGUGGCCAUGCAAAUCUAUUGAGAACCCUUGCACAGAAGAUCCAUAAGAACCCAUCUCUGGCUCCAUCCUUCAGCGCUUUAUUCCACGGGGAUUACGAGGGGCCAGGAACGCGUGAAGUGGACGGGGCGCCGGUCGUUGACACUUUCCUUGUUGAGCGAAUCGCGUCUCUCAACGUCUUUGGAUGUCCGCCCGAUUCCAGCCUUCACACCCACCAGCGCAUCAUACAAAACGAGAAUAUAGAAGAAAAGCCGUACCAAUCUUGUGGUAUAUGGAUUAAGGCCUCGUAUAUCAACCACAGCUGUGUGGGCAACGUAAGGCGCGCGUUUGUUGGCGAUAUGAUGAUAGUGCGUGCAUCGCGCGAUUUAGAGGCGGAUACAGAACUCGCCUUUACCUACAAAAAGCCCUCUGAUGAAACUGCCGAAGCAAACAAAAAGUUUCUCAAGACCUGGGGUUUCACUUGCCAAUGUUCUUUGUGCCAGGACGUGCAAGAUACUAAAGAAAGCGUUCUUAUCAAGAGAAGGAAGCUCUUGCGCGAGCUGGAGAAAACAUGCGGCGCGUUUCCAUUCCAACUAGCCAAGUUCGAACGACUUCUCAAAGAUGUGGACAAGACCUACAAGCAGCCUGCAAAUAUUGUGCCCCGGCUCGGGAUUUGGGCACCGUAUAUGUUGCUGCUUCGCAUGUACGCAGCUGAAAAGACGUCGCGCGAGGUCCUAGUUGGCGUUGAGAACAUCCUGAAUUCUCUCGGAUUCGUCGUUCAUGGCGUGAACUCUACUUCUACUGCGUUCGAAAUUGUACAGUGGGGAGUAACACAAAAUCAUCUGGUGGAAGUCUUCCUGCAUGCUCGCGAUGCAUUCCGGACUCUCCAGCUGCCGGAUGAUGCCGAGCGGGCGACAGCGUACGCGCGACUAGUAUUCAAGAUCGUGGUUGGCGAGAAUGAUUCAUUCGAAUCAGUCCAUGGGAUCUGA